AUGCAGAAGGUUAUCCAACGGACAGCUUCAGCCCGGAAGCAGGCUCUUCGGAGAACGGUCAAAAACCAUGAACGACAGGAAUUGAUGGAGCGUCUUACCAUGAGACGGCAACGGAAGGACUAUGGUGUUGCGCUGUACGCUCAGCACAAGGCAGCACGCCAGAACCGCUGGGAGGAUUGGGAGAAAGGCUCACUUGCUCCUAUGCGAGACUCCGGUCUCGAUGCGAGCACUUACGGCGCAAUUCCUGGUGUUAUCCUACAACCCCCGUCCAUCCCUAAGCACCUGCGUCGGAAGCACAUCCUCUUCGCUGAAGGCGACAAGGUUUGUGUCAUGCGUGGACGCGACCAGGGCAAGAUCAAUGUCAUCCAACAAGUCAACCGGGAGAGUGAAACUGUCAUCGUCAAGGAUGUCAACAUGUACGACGUUAUCAUUCCCGAGUGGGCCAAGUCGCGAAUGGGACACCAGAACGACACCCAAGCACAAAACUUCCCCAUUCCAAUGGACGACAUUCGUCACGUCAUUCCGCUGGAAGACACUGACACCGGGGAGACAAAACUCGUCAUUGUCGACCAUGCCUACGCUGCCGGCCCUUACAAUGAGCGCGCACCGCACAGCAAACUCCCGAGACAUUCCCGAUACGUUUCUGGUCUGAACAUCGAGAUCCCUUGGCCAGUUGAGGAGGAGCCUCCGAUCGCCGAUGCAGAUAUGGAUACCCUCCGUGUGGAGGUCGAGACCAGCACAUUCGUACCGACUCUCCGCGAGCCACCGUUUCCCUCGACUAUUAUUGACGAGCUACGCAACAAGUACUCCAAGUUCCGUACCCGUCACGACCCUGAGUACGUGCAGGAGAAGUUGAUGGAAGACUAUCGCAAGGAAUACAGAGAAACUGUGUCUAUGAUGACACCCAAGACAGACAGCAUCAGAAUUGGUACUGCUAAGAACGCGGAAAGGAGGAAGGCCAUGACAGAUGAAGAUGGAAAGAUGCGCUUGUCUGAGACAACUCAAGCAUUCAUUAACUCUCAUCUCGAGGAGUCAUGGAAAAACUCGCCAAAGGAGAAAGCCAAGGGGAAAAGGGCACACGUGCACAAGGCAUAA